UUUUAUCGCAAAAAUCGUUAGCCGUUGUUUAUUAGAUAAAAAAUAGAAUUAAUUCAUUAUAAAAAGUCAAUCAAUAACGCUUAAAAUGCAGUCGGUGCCAACGACUGGAAGAGGAGAUAUUCAUCUUGAUUUAAAACAAGUCAGGGUGGACAUUUGUCUCGGAAUCAGAGAAUGUAGAGAUCGAGGUCUGAUACAGACCGCUAAAUGGCUUGCAGAAUUAAAUUACGCUUUAAAAGAUAAUAAACUGGAACCAGAAGACCUUCCUGAUAAUUAUGAUGACGGCAUUCCUAUGGAGGAGAAAGAAGCAUACAUUUUGGCCAGAACUUACUUUGAUUGUCAAGAAUAUGACAGAGCUGCUCAUUUCCUAGAGAAUUGCACUAGUCCAAAGUGUGUCUUUCUUCUAAGAUACUCACAAUACAUGUCCAGCGAAAAAAAGAGGUUGGAUAACGCUGCAGACUCAGGAACAGAAAAUGCAGAGGCUAAUCAAGUGUUACUGGAUUUACUAUCUUUCUUCAAGGCCAACAAAAACAACCUUGAUGGUUACCUUCUCUACUUAGAGGGUGUUGUUUUGAAGAAAUUGGAAUUGAGAGGCCAAGCUGUUACCGUCUUGCAGAAUGCUGUAGCUGCAGCGCCUACGCUUUGGGCAGCCUGGGUGGAGUUGUCUGGUCUAGCCAAUGAAUAUGAAGCCUUAGACUCCUUACAGUUGCCGGAGCAUUGGAUGAUGUACUUCUUUGCUGCGCAUGCAGCUGUGGAACUAAAGCUGUCUGAUCAGGCGCUGGACGCCUAUUUAGCACUUGUUGGCGGAGGUUUCCACAAGAGUACUUAUGUUACUGCUCAAAUGGCUAUUGCUCAUCAUGAUCGAAGAGAUGUGGAUACGUCAUUGGCAUUAUUCCGGGAACUAUACCAGGCAGACCCAUACCGUCUUGAUAAUUGGGAUGUGUACUCCCAUCUGUUAUAUUUGAAAGAGAAACGGAUGGAAUUGGCUAACUUAGCACAAAGGGCUGUGUCCAUAGAUAAGUAUAGGACAGAAACUUGUUGUGUUAUUGGUAAUUAUUACAGUCUAAGGAGUGAGCACCAAAAAGCUGUUAUGUACUUCCAAAGAGCACUUGCACUGGAUCCCCAGUACCAGUCAGCCUGGAUCCUAAUGGGCCAUGAGUUCAUAGAGUUACAAAACUCCAAUGCUGCUAUACAGUGUUAUAGGCAAGCUUUAGAUGUAAAUAGGAAUGAUUACCGCGCAUGGAAUGGUCUUGGACAAGCGUACGAAAUACUGGGUUUGAAUGGUUACUGCAUAUACUACUACUCGCGCGCCUCACAGUUAAAACCGGAUGAUUCGAGAAUGCUGGUGUCUCUUGGGGAGGCGUACGAGAAAAUGGACAAGAUACCAAACGCCCUCAAGUGUUAUUACAAAGCACACAGUACAGGGGAUAUAGAAGGGAUGGCUCUUUUCAAAUUGGCAAAGUUGUAUGAGAAAUGCAACAUGCCCAAUAGCGCGGCGGCGGCGUACACGGCGGCGUGCCAGGACGCCGCCAACGCGGGCAGCCGCGAGCUGCCGCCGGCGCAGCGCUACCUCGCGCAGUACUACCUGCGCUUCUCGCUGCUCGACCAUGCAGCGCAUUACGCCUACAAGUGCCUGGAGCAUGAGAGCACUAAAGAAGCUGGAAAAAAUAUCCUCAAGACCAUCUCAGAAAAAAGAUUAGCAGCAUCAUCGUCGUCUCAACCGACAAGCUUGCCGGAAGACUUGCCUGAAGCCAUCAAGAACGCGUCAACGGUGUCCAUAUCGAACGAAACCCCAAAGACCCCACUUCCCAGCCCGAACGUCACCCCAGAUAACUUCUCUACCCCAGUGUUCACAAGAAAAAGUAGUAAAUACAAAAUGUAAAGUUCUCCAUGUG